CCGUGCUUCCCUCUUCGCCGUCGAUGGCCAAAGACGACGGAAGGAGAAUCCCAUUCUGAUGCACGUGCUCCUGGGCCGCUUGCGAACCAUGCUCCUGAUUACAGCCACGCACACUUGCUGGGGUUCCAUGCGUGCAUCCGAUGUCCGAAUGUGGCCACUGCUUGACGACAACACCGUCUCGCUUGAGCCUGGCGCAUGCGCCCAAAGGCAAGGGGGCAAGUCAUGCGAGCUGCGUGAUGUCAUUCGAUCCGACCUCCACAAGUGGGCCGAUCGCUCGAUCCGGCCAGCGCAGCUCCAGUAUUCGUUUGGUACUUCGAAGCUUGACAACAAAUUUGCCGGCGCAGACUAUGUGGACAGCAAACACUGGAUGUAUGCCGCGGUGCACGGCCGUCGCGUACACUUUGUCACGGUGGGUCACGAGUACGGCCGUCACGCCCGUACGAUGCAGCGCAUGCUACUGUCCCUCGCCGCAGUGGCGCCAUUGGACGAUUUUGAGCUUGCCUCCACGUUUGGGGAUGCUCCUUGGAUUAACCGCGCCGCCCCGACCGCCGACGCUUGCUUUGGUCGGCCACCGCUCUUUGCAAAGGGCACGUCGGAGGAAACGUGCAGCCUGGCGCUGCCGACUAUCUUCUGUGGACCCAGCACAGCACAGAAGAGAUUGACGAAUGGCACAGGCGAUAUCUCGUGGGAGGCCAAACGCCCCCUUGCCUUUUGGCGUGGCUCAUCUUGGAUGAUGGGGGGAUGUGGCUACGCUGCUGGAGCCGACAGGGAUGGCAAUGGUUUGACACAGCUCGUGGACGGCCAACCCCGCGUGCGUCAGCUUGUGGACCCCCGCUUCUUGCUGGUCAACGCCAGCGCUCACGGUUCGCCCGUCAUCGACGCCGCCUUUUCCGACGCCUGGGAGGGCGCCGACAUUCGUGCUGCGGAAGUCCAGGCAAGCCGUGAAGACCUCAUCAAGGUAGGAGGCAAGCUGAACGUGACAGUGCCGUCGGAGGAGCAAUUCAAGUACCGGCUGCUCCCCACAGCAUCGGUGCCGUGCGCUUACACGUGCCGUCUCGUGCCCUUCCUCAGCUCCAACUCGCUGGUCGUCAAGUUCUCCGGAGACGCCGAACACUACACCCAGGCGGUCUGUGGCGGGCUGCGACACGGCGUGCACCUGCUCCUUGCGACGCGGGCCAACUUUGGUGAGCUGUUGCACGCGGCGGUGGCACCCGCCGUGCAGCCGCGGCUGCAGCGCAUGGUGCGCAACGCAAACGAAUACAUGCGCUGGGCCACCUCGGCCGACGGGCUGCACUGCUACUUGCAUGAGCUGCUGAGCGGCUACGCUCGCAAGCUGAACUACUCCGUCGAGAGGGAGGGAGCGGUCGAGAAGUUGAUCCUGCCCGCACUUGGACGUCACGCGCGCGACGCCCUCCGCAAUAAGCGCUCGUCGCCGCGGCCCUCACCCUCGCCGCCGGGACCAGACUACAAGGAUCCGGCGAAAUGCCUCGACAACCCUUUCGACUUUACAAUCCCCACCGACAGAACCACUGCUGAGGCGUGCGCGCAGCGCCGGUUCGUGCCUCCAGAUCCAAGCUUGGUGGAGGAGUUCAAGCUCGGCAAGAACAGACAUAGUGGACAAAAUCUUCCGUUCGUACUCAGCAGCUACGAGCUGCCGCCGCCCAAGCUGGCUGCCAAAGAUAUGGCCGCACGAUGUGAGCGGUUUUGGGCUAGACGGCCCGAGUCCAAGGCCGAGCGCAAGUAGGCGGCACGGACUAAGUGUAGUCAGCGCACUCACCGCAGGGCCGUAGCGGCCUCUACGUCGCGCGCCCUCUACAGUAGCGGUGGCUGGUUCGGCUGGCGGCCGAGGCGGGGCCGGGAGUGUAGCCGCGGUGGGGGUGAGCACACACGCACGACGACACGCGACUCGCGAGCGCUAGCACGCCGCAGGCAUAUACGUUAGACGCGCGCCGUCGUGCGUCGUUUUUUUGUUUUUUGUUUUUUUUGUUGAGUCGUUU